AUGGAGUCCCCAGCCCUAUCGCGCUCAUCAUCGUUCGCGCCCGGUCCACACCGCCGCUCCCACCCGAACCUACACCAUCUGUCCCUGGCGCCAUUGACGCCGAAAUACCCCAUCGAUCCAGCAGACUACCUGGCCUACUUCGACCCGUCGACAUCGGAACUGCACACAUCGGCCUCGAUCAGCCAGAUCGCCAGUCUGCCGUCUCCGGGCGGCAUCCUGACCACUACGACGACAACAGGAGGUGACAGCCGCUCGGCCGCGCAUUCGAGAGCCAGUUCGCGGACGCGAAAACUGAAGAACAAAACCAUAGAGAAGACGAGGUCGGCGUUGUCUGUGCCGCCGCAUGCAUCUGCAUCUAGCACCACAACCGCACACGCCUCAUCUAUACACGAGGGCGUUCCUUUUUACCUCAAUACGCCGUCGGGAGCAUUGAGCAGCGACGGCUUCGGACAGAAACAUCACGCUGGGUUGAAUGUGCAUACUUCGGACGCGUCGUGGUUGAUCCAGACCGGGUUGACACUGACGGAGGGUUCGAGAGAAAGUAAAGGCCAGUCGUGGAUGUUCAAACGCGACUCGUCGACCUCCUUACACACCCCUACCGACGAGAGACUGGCGUGGCGGUCAGGGAGAGCCACACCCAGUGUCAGUCGUCGAAGCAGCCACAAGAGAAGUCGGAGGUCGUUGGCUAUGACACCGGCUCCAGCUACGCCUGUGGAUGAACCGACUCCUGAUUGGGCUGAUGACCACACUCAAGCGGAAAUCGCUGCACAAAUUGAGAGUGACUUUACCGACGAACUGGACGAGGACCCUUACGGACUCCUUGAUUUCGAAGGGCAAUUUGACAGUGAAGACGAAGAGGACGUACGACAGGAGAUCUCGAAAUAUCGACUAGGAAGAUGGAUGGAUGGAGUGGCGGACGUCUUUCUCCGUUUAGAAGACUUUCCGGAACCUGGGCGAUCAGAUCUGGAAGCAGGCAAUGCUCAAUCAGCUCCUGCACCAGCAAAAGACGUGGAAACUGCCAGUGUGGCAUCCGAAACGUCAGUGGAAGCUCCUCCUGAGAAGCCCAAUGGUGUCUGGGAUGAUGUGGCCUGGUUUGGUCGUUUGAUAGCAAGGACUCUUCAGUCAUAG